GGGCGCUCGGGGCCCCUGCGCGGCCGAUGGCGGGCGGCGGGGCCGGACCGGGAGCGUUGGAGCCGCGGUGCAGGUAUUUCAUGGAGAGGUUCCUUCAGGCCAGAUGCUGUCUGUGAGCAUCACAGCUCUCUGCAGUGCCAUCUGAGACCAUAAGAGCUGGACACAGCCAUGGGGGAUUCUUCAGCAAAUACCAUGGAUGGAGGUAUAGAUGUGUGCUGCAAAGACACACAGACUGAACUGGCAGAGCAGGUAGCAGCUAUCGAUGUGGCUGUUGGUCCAGAAAGAAGUGACCAAAACGGUGAAGGUAACACUGAAGAGAAUGACACAGUCUUUUCUGAUAACCUAAAAGACAGCCAAAGAAAUGGAGUCAGCAGUGACACGAGAAUGAAUGAAUUUCUGCCUUCCCCACGGUCAGAAGAUGCUCACUGGAGGAAUGUUCCCAAGAGACCUCUCACUAGACCUGUAUUAUCAAGUAGGAAGUUGUCUCUUCAGGAAAAAUCAUCAGGAAGUUAUUUGGCUUCUAGCAACACACCAGGUUAUGGUCCUUAUGCCACGGGGCCAUCACCACGUAUAAUGAGGAGACCAACAAUAGAGUCCAAUCGGGUCUCCAUAUCAGAUUCUGAGGACUGCGUGCAGUUAAACCAGUACAAGCUGCAGAGUGAAAUAGGCAAGGGUUCCUACGGGGUUGUGAAACUGGCUUACAAUGAGAACGAUGACAAAUACUACGCCAUGAAAGUCCUCUCCAAAAAGAAGCUCUUGAAGCAGUAUGGAUUUCCACGUCGGCCACCUCCCAGAGGGUCGAAAGCAUCUUCUGGAGAGCAGCCAAAACCCAUGGCACCACUGGAGAGAGUUUACCAGGAAAUAGCCAUCUUAAAGAAACUGGACCAUGUCAACAUUGUUAAGCUGAUAGAGGUCCUUGAUGAUCCUGCAGAGGACAACUUGUACAUGGUGUUUGAUCUCCUGAGGAAAGGGCCUGUCAUGGAGGUACCAAGUGACAACCCCUUCAGCGAGGAGCAGGCUCGGCUCUACUUCCGAGACAUCGUCUUGGGCAUCGAGUACUUGCACUACCAGAAGAUCAUUCACCGGGACAUCAAGCCUUCCAACUUGCUCUUGGGAGAUGAUGGGCAUGUCAAAAUUGCCGAUUUCGGAGUCAGCAAUCAGUUUGAAGGGAAUGAUGCCCAGCUUUCCAGCACGGCAGGGACACCAGCCUUCAUGGCACCGGAGGCCAUUUCAGACACUGGCAAAAGCUUCAGUGGAAAGGCACUUGACGUAUGGGCCAUGGGAAUUACCCUCUACUGCUUUGUUUACGGGAAGUGCCCUUUUAUAGAUGAAUAUAUUCUGGGUCUUCAUAAUAGGAUCAAGAACAAGCCUGUGGAGUUCCCAGAAGAAGCACAGAUAAGUGAAGAGCUCAAGGAACUGAUUCUACGCAUGCUGGAUAAAAAUCCAGAAACAAGGAUAACAGUCCCUGAAAUUAAGGUGCAUCCAUGGCUAACCAAAGGUGGUGAGGAGCCCCUGCCCCUGGAGGAGGAGCACUGCACUGUGGUGGAGGUGACAGAGGAGGAGGUGAAGAACUCAGUGAAGAUGAUCCCGAGUUUGCCAGCUGUGAUCCUGGUGAAGGCCAUGCUAAGAAAACGCUCCUUUGGGAACCCGUUCGAGGUUCAGACGAGGCGGGAGGAGAGGUCCAUGUCUGCUCCAGGGAACUUACUGAUAAAACAAGGGAGCAGAGAAGGAGGCAGGGACCCGGAGCUGCCCAACGUGUGUGAAGACGAAGCUACAUCCUGAAGCUGCCUGGCUGUCAUGGGCUGGUCACUCACGUGCUGCUGCUGUUGUACCCAUCGUGGUGUUGUCUAGCACACAUCUGCCCUCAUCACUGAGUCUGGGGCCUGCAAAGCAAACAAAGCCAGAAACAAACAUGGACCAACCCAGGAAACCAGACUGGAGGAACCGAGCAGCAAUAAGAAGAGCGAGUCCUUGGGCAGCAGGGCUCCAGGGGACUGGCUUGGCCUCACGGGCAGCUGCAUUCCUCAUGCAAGGUGUCCGUGUGCUCCUCCGUGUGUGCCUUGCUCUCCACUUGUGCUUCACGUGUGGGCUUUAUAGUUGGGUGUCUUGGCUGAUGAAUGUGGUUUUAUUUGUACCGCAGCAAACCAAACCUUGUCUUAGGCAUCAGUCUCCCCAGAGAUGUUCUCUUUGCUCUUUGCAUUCUUUAUUUCAAGCAUCAGGAAAAACAAAUACAUCAAAGCCAGGUUAAAACCUGGCAAUGGUUUUAUUUAAUGCACUUCUGUGUAUCAGGACACAGUCCUGCUCUUGUUGGAGGUGAUGGCAAGAUUUCUAUCAGGUAAAUGAGGAUGAGAUCUUGCUUUUGGAGUGAACUCUCUCACUCUCUGCCUUUCUUCCUCUGCUGUCCCUUCUCUUCUUACCCCUCAGUUUUGCACAGGGUGAAUCCUGCCAGCAUCAAUGGCUUUGGUCAGGGCAACUUCAUAAAGCAGAAGGACUACAGGAUCCUUCCUUUAAUGUGCAGUCAGCCUUUGAAUGUCACAAGGAUGUGGAGCAUUGGGCAUGCUCUUACACAGGAAGGCUGAACCCCACUGAGGACAUCUGCUACCCAAGUGUGCUCUUCCCAAAGAGCUGGGGCUGCACUCCAUCCGCUGCACCCAGUCCUGCAUGCAUGGACACCGCUCAAAGCUGAAAAGAAGUGGCAGGUUUGGGUUUAUUUUAUGUAAGGGUGAUUUUCUCUCCCUCACUCGUCUCUUGGCUCCUAUAAAAUCAUGUACCCGAUGCUUUAAAAUUUUAAUUUCCUGAUAAAUGACCCAAACUGGAGGAACUCGCAAGGAUUGAGAGGUUUUAGGCUAAGGAAAAGCUACAAAUGAGAUUAAAACAUGAUCUUUUGGGGUUUGAGGCUUUAUUUUUUAAUUUUCUUUUAAGACUGUACUUUUUCUGCACAUGCUGCUAUUUUAUCCAUAGAUUGCUUCUAAAUUUGGGAUUAGAAGCCUCAUCUCUACAGUUCAACACCAGGUGAGAGAUCGUCCUCCAGAGGGCACAUGCAGCUAUUACAGUGGCUGUUGGCUAUGCAGACCAUGUGUAUGCAUCAGGCGUUUUACUCUCACACUCCGAGAGCGAAGCCCAGUGACACCAAUCCAUCAAAAUAAUGUCAGUAUUCUCCCUUGAGCUUUAUGGGGUCUGAGCAUGCCCCUGGGAAGCCAAUGGGAUUGGAUUCUUAUUUUGUAGUACUUAAAUAAAGGACACUGGCAAAUCUGGUUCCUACA